AUGGCGAACCUUUACUUCACGCACUCGAGUGCGCCGGUAAAGACGGUCGAGGAGAUUCAGUUUGGCCUCAUGGCUCCUGAGGAGAUCAAGAAUAUGAGCGUCUGCCACUGUGUCUACCCUGAGACCAUGGACGAGACGCGGACGAAGCCUCGCGACGGCGGUCUCAACGAUCCUCUUCUCGGCUCCAUCGAUCGGCAGUUCAAGUGCAAGACCUGCAACCAGGCGAUGGGCGAAUGUCCUGGACAUUUCGGCCACAUCGAGCUGGCGAAGCCCGUCUACCAUCCUGGCUUUAUCAAGAAAGUCAAGAAGGUUUUGGAGAUCGUCUGCCAUAAUUGCAGCAAAGUCUUGGCCGACAGAAGCGACCCUGAAUUUCUCCAAGCUGUGAACACGAGAGACCCCAAGGUUCGCUUCAACCGCAUCUGGAACAUUUGCAAGAAGAAGACUCGUUGCGAAAACGAGGUUAAGGAGCAGAAGCCCGACGAUGGAGAGUAUGGCCUGAACAUGAAGCAGGCCCCAGUCAACCACGGUGGCUGUGGAAACAUUCAACCUAGAGUACGGCACAAGGCUCUGCAGCUUAUUGCAAAGUACGAAGCUCAAGGUGAAGACGGCGUCAAGAAGAAGGAGGAGCCUCCAAUCACUCCAGAGAUGGCCCACAACAUCUUGCGUCGCAUCAGUGAUGACGAUCUGAGAGAUAUGGGCCUCAACCUUGAGUACGCUCGCCCAGAGUGGAUGAUCGUUACCGUUCUUCCUGUUCCGCCCCCGCCCGUGCGUCCCAGUAUUUCCAUGGACGGAACCGGCCAAGGACUCAGAAACGAAGAUGAUUUGACCUACAAGCUGGGUGAUAUCAUUCGAGCCAAUAGCAACGUCAAGCAAGCCAUCCGGGAAGGCUCACCUGCACACAUUGCGCAAGAUUUCGAGCAGCUGUUACAGUACCAUGUUGCCACAUACAUGGACAAUGACAUUGCCGGUCAACCUCGUGCUCUGCAAAAAAGCGGUCGUCCUGUCAAGGCUAUUCGUGCACGUCUCAAGGGCAAGGAGGGUCGUCUUCGUGGCAAUUUGAUGGGAAAGCGUGUCGACUUCUCAGCGCGUACUGUCAUCACUGGUGAUGCCAACCUUUCUCUUGACGAGGUUGGUGUUCCUCGGAGUAUCGCCAGAACUCUGACCUACCCGGAGACCGUCACUCCGUACAACAUCGGCAGACUUCACGAGCUUGUCCAAAACGGACCCAACGAACAUCCAGGAGCGAAGUACGUCAUCCGCUCCGACGGUACGAGAAUUGAUCUGCGCCAUCAUCGCAGAGCUGGACAGAUUUCUCUGGAAUACGGCUGGAAGGUCGAGCGUCAUUUGAUUACCGGUGAUUAUAUUAUUUUCAACCGUCAACCAUCUCUGCACAAGGAAUCCAUGAUGGGCCACAGAGUACGCGUCAUGCCUUACUCAACCUUCCGUCUGAACUUGUCCGUCACCUCACCCUACAACGCCGAUUUCGAUGGUGACGAAAUGAACCUUCACGUACCCCAAAGUGAAGAGACGAGAGCCGAAGUCAAGGAGCUCUGCCUUGUCCCCAUCAACAUCGUUUCACCGCAAAGAAACGGUCCUCUGAUGGGUAUCGUGCAAGACACUCUUGCUGGUGCCUACAAGCUCUGUCGUCGUGACGUGUUCCUCACCAAGGAGCAGGUCAUGAACAUCAUGCUGUGGGUUCCCAACUGGGAUGGGAACAUUCCUCAACCCGCCAUCAUUCGGCCUAGACCAAGAUGGACUGGUAAACAGAUUAUGAGCAUGGCAGUUCCCAACAUUGUCAGCUUGCACAGCGCACCUGAUUCGAAGGAGGAGAAUCCACUCAAAGACGAGGGUCUCCUGAUUCAGUCGGGACAGAUCAUGUACGGUCUGCUUUCCAAGAAAAACAUCGGUGCCGCCAGUGGUGGUAUCGUCCACAUCGUCUAUAACGAGCAUGGACCUGAGGCAGCCAUGAAGUUCCUGGUCGGUGUUCAGCAGACAGUUAACUACUGGCUGUUGCAUAACGGCUUCAGUAUCGGUAUCGGUGACACCAUUCCCGAUAAGAUCACCAUCGAGAAGGUCCAGAUCCACAUUGAUGAGCACAAGGCCGAGGUCGAGGAGUUCACAAGACAAGCUACUGCUAACGAGCUGGAGCCUCUACCUGGUAUGAACAUCCGUGAGACUUUCGAGAGCAAGGUUUCCAAGGCCCUCAACACCGCUCGCGACAAGGCUGGUACCACCACACAGAAGAGUUUGAAGGAUUUGAACAACGCCGUUACCAUGGCCUCGUCCGGUUCCAAGGGUUCAUCCAUCAACAUUUCUCAGAUGACUGCCCUGGUCGGACAGCAAAUUGUCGAAGGAAAGCGCAUUCCCUUCGGCUUCAAAUACCGCACUCUCCCGCAUUUCACAAAGGAUGACUACUCACCAGAGGCUCGUGGUUUUGUCGAAAACUCGUAUCUUCGUGGUCUUACGCCUAGCGAGUUCUUCUUCCACGCCAUGGCUGGUAGAGAAGGUUUGAUUGAUACUGCUGUCAAGACUGCCGAGACCGGUUACAUCCAGCGUCGUCUCGUCAAGGCGCUUGAGGACGUCAGUGCCAAGUACGACGGUACCGUCAGAAACUCUCUGGGUGAUAUCCUCCAGUUUCUGUACGGUGAAGACGGUCUGGACGCCAUCUACAUCGAGAAGCAGCGUAUGGACCACCUCAACAUGUCCCACAAGAAGUUCGCCGACCGCUUCCGCCUGGACGUCAUGGACGAGAACAGGCCAGAAGAGCUUGAGUGGCUUGAGUAUGGCAACGAAAUUGCAGGUGACCCGGCGGUCCAGCAGCUUCUAGAUGAAGAGUUUGAUGCCUUGCUCUCUGAUCGCAAGCAAGUUCGCGAGAUCAACUUCAAGAGAAAGGAUGAUGAGACCAUGCAACUACCCUUGAACCUGAUUCGUCUCAUGGAGACUUCCAAGAAGCUCUUUGCUGUCGAAGAUUUCCAGCGAAGCGACUUGCGGCCGCAAGAUGUCAUCCCCGCUGUACAGGCCAUGCUCAACAGAAUGACCAUCGUUCGCGGCAACGAUGAUAUCUCCAAGGAGGCUGACUACAGUGCCACGAUCCUUUUCAAGGCACAGAUUCGCUCUCGACUCGCUUUCAAGCGUAUUGCUUGCCAGCAGCGCCUGAACAAGAUGGCAUUUGAACACGUUUUGGGAGAGCUGGAGGCCCGCUGGGAUCGAGCCUUUGUCAGUCCUGGAGAGAUGGUUGGUGUCAUUGCGGCCCAGUCCAUCGGUGAGCCCGCCACCCAGAUGACGCUGAAUACCUUCCAUUUCGCUGGUGUCUCUUCUAAGAACGUCACUCUCGGUGUCCCUCGUCUCAAGGAAAUUCUUAACUUGGCUCAGAACAUCAAGACUCCUUCGAUGGUGGUGUACUUGAGUGGUGAGGACAAUGCCAGUCAAGAGGCUGCCAAGGCCCUUCGAAGCACAGUUGAGCACACGACUUUGCGUUCCGUCACUGCAGUCACCGAGAUUUACUACGAUCCUGAGAUCACCUCGACUAACAUUCCCGAUGAUCUGGAUAUGGUUGAGUCUUAUUACCUCAUCCCCGACGAAUCGCACGACAAGACGGAAGACCAAUCUCGAUGGCUGCUUCGUCUCACUCUGGACCGCCAGAAGCUUCUUGACAAGGAGCUGACUGUUGAAGACGUUGCUAGGCGCAUCAAGGAGGAAUACCCCAAUGAUCUUGCUGUCAUUUUCAGUGACAACAACGCUGAAGAGCAAAUCAUCCGUAUCCGUCCUAUGCAUGCGGGCAAUGACAAGGACGAAGAUGGAGAGAAGAAGAUUGAGGACGAUGUCAUGUUGAAGAGACUUGAGACUCAUUUGCUUGACACUCUCUCCCUUCGCGGUGUCAAGGGCAUCGAGAGAGCCUUCUUAAACAAGGAGACUAAGCUCAUCGAGACCGAAGACGGAGCCCUGCUAGCUGCCAAAGCCGACGAGCGUUGCUCAGAAUGGUACUUGGAUACCUCUGGAACAGCUCUGCGCCAGGUCUUGGCAGUUGAUGGCGUCGAUUCCAACCGCACUUACACCAACCACUUGUGGCAAGUUGUCGAAGUCUUCGGUAUCGAGGGUGCCAGAGCGGCUUUGAUUCGUGAGUUGACUCAGGUGCUUGCCUUCGACGGUUCCUACGUCAACCACAGACAUCUUGCUCUUCUCUGUGACGUCAUGACGUAUAGAGGCACUAUCUCCGCCGUCACUCGUCACGGCAUCAACAGAGCCGACACUGGUGCUCUGAUGCGUUGUUCCUUCGAAGAGACUGUGGAAAUUCUUCUCGAGGCCGCAGCUGUCGGUGAGUUGGACGACUGCCGUGGAAUUUCUGAGAACGUCAUGCUUGGUCAGAUGGCCCCCAUGGGAACUGGUCACUUUGACGUUCUCCUUGACCCCAAGAUGCUGGAGACCGUCAUCAGCGACAACUCGCGCAUGGGUCUCAUGCCCGGUAUGCCGGUCAAGGGCGGCGAGGCUGGCGGUGCUGCCACGCCGUACGACUCUGGAUCUCCCAUGGCCGAUUCCGGAUACAUGUCUCUCAGCUCGCCCGCCGCCGGCAACUUCUCCCCAAUUGUCGGUGCUGGCUCGGAUUCUCCCACUGGUUUCGGCACCGAAUACGGCGGUGGUGGAUUUGGUAGCAUUGGGUCUGUCAACCCUUACUCGAGUGCUAGCCCUGGACGACCGACAAGCCCGUUCAGCACGUCGCCCACUUCGCCAUUCAGCAGUGGAUAUGGCGGAUAUUCGCCUUCGUCUCCCAACGCUGGCUACUCACCCACAUCACCACUCAUCGACGGUGCUGCCGGGCGUUACGGGGCUACCUCACCCCAGUUCAGCCCUUCGUCGCCAUCUUUCUCGCCGACAUCGCCUAUGCUCCGGCCUACCAGCCCUGCAAGCCCGAACUACAGCCCGACGUCGCCAAGCUACUCACCAGCAUCUCCCUCUUCGCCCAGGCACUACUCCCCGACAUCGCCGGCCCAGUAUGCGUCGCCCACAUCACCAAGCUACUCGCCCGCCAGUCCAAAUUACAGCCCUGCAUCUCCCAACCUCCACGGGGCUGGUCCCACAUCGCCGUCGUACUCUCCUGCGUCGCCGACGUGGUCUCCUACUUCACCGGCUCAGUACUCGCCUACGAGCCCGAGUUUCCAACAGACUCCGGGAGCACAGCAGUCUCCGACCAGCCCCAGCUAUUCGCCGACUUCACCUUCCUGGUCUCCGCGGACACCUGGACCCGGCGGUUCCGGCAACUAA